UUCGGUGGGUUCAAGAUGACGGAGCCGGUAGCCUCUCCCGAAGACCCCUGGGUCAAGGCAAGCCCCGUGGGCGCGAACGCCGGCGAGGGGAGGGCGGGUCGGGCUCGUGCACGUAGGGGGUUCGGAAGACGAGGGGAUUCCCUCCUCUUCCCCAAGUCUCCCCCCUGCUCCGGGACCCGGGGCUACAGAGAAGACAGCUCGCGCCCCGCGCUUGCUAAGGUGGAGUAUGCCUACAGCGACAACAGCCUGGAUCCAGGGCUUUUUGUAGAAGGCACUCGCAAGGGGAGUGUAGUAUCCAGAGCUAAUAGCAUCGGUUCUACCAGUGCCUCUUCAGUCCCCAACACAGAUGACGAGGACAGUGAUUACCACCAGGAGUCCUACAAGGAGUCCUACAAGGACCGGCGGCGGCGAGCACACACUCAGGCCGAGCAAAAGAGGAGAGAUGCCAUCAAGAGGGGCUAUGACGACCUUCAGACCAUUGUCCCCACCUGCCAGCAACAGGACUUCUCCAUUGGCUCCCAAAAGCUCAGCAAAGCCAUCGUUCUACAAAAGACCAUUGACUACAUCCAGUUUCUGCACAAAGAGAAGAAAAAGCAGGAGGAGGAGGUGUCCACGCUACGCAAGGAUGUCACGGCCUUGAAGAUCAUGAAAGUGAACUAUGAGCAGAUUGUGAAGGCGCAUCAGGACAACCCCCAUGAGGGGGAGGACCAGGUCUCUGACCAGGUCAAGUUCAACGUAUUUCAAGGCAUCAUGGACUCCCUGUUCCAGUCCUUCAAUGCCUCCAUCUCUGUGGCCAGCUUUCAGGAGCUGUCAGCCUGUGUCUUCAGUUGGAUUGAGGAGCACUGUAAGCCUCAGACCUUACGAGAGAUCGUGAUUGGCGUCCUGCACCAGCUGAAAAACCAGCUUUACUGACUGGCUCUUGGAAGCCUUCAGAACAGCCAACAAGAGGCCCCUGAGUCUCCUACUUGGCCAUGGAGCUGGUAAGCCUACGAGAUUGGACUGCGACGCCUCACACCAGUCAGCUGGUUUCUACUUGGUGUUUGGUUCUUUCACCCCCACCUCACCCUCAGUGGGCUGGGGUUUUUGUGUUGUGAAAGCUUCUGAUUAAUUUAUUAUAUUGACUGUAAAACUCAAA